AGUUCAGAAUAACUCACCUGUUCCAUCCACUUUCAUCAUUGGACAUAUUUAGUCACCACCUGCGUUUUCUGUGUUCUUGAGGUCACUUUAGAGUAAAAGAGAAGAAGAAAUGUAACAUAUUUGGACGACCAAAAUUCAUCAUAUUGGAAGGAUGAAAGAUAGAUUUGGCCAACUUCAGGAUGCGUUGGACGAGCCUGGAGGAGGAGGAGAUUACACCAAUGAGGCCUUCACCAAUGUGGACCUGGACCUAAAUGACCUGUCUGCCCAUUCGGGCAGGAACCGUGCAACAGUGGCGCCUGACAACGACCCUGAGCUGAAUAGCAUCCUCCAGGAGGCCCAAAGUGUUCGGCAGGAGAUCCAACAGAUCCAGGAAGACCAUGCCCAGCUCCGGGACCAGAACUACCACGCCUUGAACAAGACAUUUAUGGACGACACCAGUGAUGUGAUCAGGGACGCCAACUACAUUGCAACAGACAUCAAGGCCAGAGGAGGGGCUGUGUUGCAGAGGCUACACAGGAUGAACAGGGAGACCAGGAAGCUGGAGGUUCAGCGAGGUAGCACUGACCACGUGGUACGCAUCGCACGGACGCAGUACACCAACCUGAGCACCACCUUCAGGGAAGUGAUGUUCGACUACAACGAGACAGAGCUGGGACACAGGGAGAACUGUAAGAAACUGAUCCAGAGACAGAUGGCGAUUGUGGGCAGAGACGUCACGUCUGAGGAGGUUGAGGAGAUGAUGGAGAGCGGGCAGCAGUUGAAUAUCUUCAACGCCCUGGCUGAUGGGACGGCCCAGUCGGCACUGACGCAGAUCGCUAGUAGACACAAAGAGCUGCUUGACCUGGAGAAGAGGAUCCAGGGUGUUCAAGAGCUGUUUCUGGAUGUGGCUGUGCUGACAGAGGAACAGGGAGCGGUGCUCAACAACAUCGAGACCAACGUACAAAAGACGGAGGCACCUAUUGCGGAUGCCAGGGUUCAACUGAACAAAGCCAAAAGAUAUGACAAGAACAAUCCCAUCAAGAAACUGUGCUGUUGCUGCUUUCCAUGUUGCAAAUGAUUGUAUAUCUCGUCUGAUACAUUGUGUAUGUGAUACAUUCAUUAUCUUGAUAUUAAUGUAAAUAAUAUGAUUUUUUUUAAAGAAAGCAGUGGGACUGGGAGGUUGUCCUGCAAUAAGGCCAGGUAACGAUGGAUAACCAUUGCCAGGAGGGAAAUACUGUAUGAAGAAUGCAUAGAAGGGCCUAAAAACUCUCUGGACUACCAACCAAACGACACUUUCAAUCAAAAGAACAUUGCAUUGAGUUUGCAGAGAGUCUGAACUCUUUCUAUUCUAGGUUUGAUAAUCUGGACAUUAGUACUGAGAAGGAUGAGCUGCUGUGUGAACUCUUAUCAUUAGCACAAUGGGAAGCUGAUUUGGUAAUAGAGGAAGCAGAUGUUGAUAGGGUUUUAAAAUUAAUAGCAGUAAACAGUCACCUAAUAAUAGUAAUAGCAGUAAAGGUCACCUAAUCAUCCCCAGAUUACAAUUGGCUCAUUCAUCCCCUCCUCUCCCCUGUAACUAUUCCCUAGGUCGUUGCUGUUAAUGAGAAUGUGUUCUCAGUCAACUUACCUGGUAAAAUAAUAAAACAAAACAAAAAAACAAAGCCACUGGCCCAGGUAACAUUAGUAACCAUGUUCUGAAGUCCUGUCACAAUGACUUGUCAGGUGUGUUCUGUGAGCUGAAUGCCACCAAGAUCAAAGACCUUGCCAUAGAUUUUAGAAGGAAACAUCAGCUCCAAAGGCAAUCAACAUCGGUGACCAGAGCAUUGAACAGGUGGAUGAGAAUAAGUAUCUUUGCACAAUAGUUUACAAUAAGCUAAACUUUGGAGCCAACUGUGGGCAAGUGUUAUCAAAAUGUCAAUCAUUGUUAAUAAUCCAUUUGUUUUACAGAUGUUUUAUUGCGUCUGUCAUAACAUUUAGUUUAGUUUCCUGGUUUGGCUCCAUCACAUGGGCAAGUCAGAAUACCUUGUGGAGUACCAGUGGUAAGAUUAAAGGGAGAAGCCAAAAGGUGCCCCUGAGACAUUUACUAAUACCACACAUACAAGAGGGGUAAUACAUAAUUUGGGAUCAAGCACAUCCGCUGAACAACCAGUAUGCAAUACUGCCAUCAGGGUGCAGACUCAGGUCUUUAACUCUUAAAACCAAGAGAAGCACUAACAGUUUUGUACCGGCAUCAGUACGGCUUUUAAAGAUAUCAAUUUGUCUCUGUGAAUGGUUUGUCCUCUGACAAAUGAACUGUACAUUUCGGUGUUCCUCAAGGCUCCAUUUUAGGACCACUAUUGUUUUCACUAUAUAUUUUACCUCUUGGUAAUGACAUUCGGAAACAUAAUUUUAACUUUCACUGCUAUGCGGACGACACACAGCUGUACAUUUCGAUUAAACAUGGUGAAGCCCCAAAAUUGCCCUCCCUGGAAGCCUGUGUUUCAGACGGGAAGUGGAUGGCUGAAAAUGUUUUACUUUUAAACUCGGACAAAACAGAGAUGCUAGUUCUAGGUCCCAAGAAACAAAGAGAACUUCUGUUGAAUCUGACAAUUAAUCUUGAUGGUUGUACAGUCGUGUCAAAUAAAACUGUGAAGGACCUCGGCGUUACACUGGACCCUAAUCUCUCUUUUGAUGAACAAAUCAAGACUGUUUCAAGGAUAGCUUUUUUUCAUCUACGUAACAUUGCAAAAAUCAGAAACUUUCUUUCCAAAAACGAUGCCGAUAAAUGAAUCCAUGCUUUUGUUACUUCUAGGUUAGACUACUGCAAUGCUCUACUAGAACCCCAAAAAAUUAUCAUAUUACUCCAGUGCCAGCCUCUCUACACUGGCUUCCUGUUAAGGCAAGGACUGAUUUCAAGGUUUUACUGCUAACCUACAAAGCAGUACAUGGGCUUGCUCCUACCUAUCUUUCCGAUUUGGUCCUGUGGUACAUACCUACAUGUAUGCUACGGUCACAAGACGCAGGCCUCCUAAUUGUCCCUAGAAUUUCUAAGCAAACAGCUGGAGGCAGGGCUUUCUCCUAUAGAGAUCAAUUUUUAUGGAAUGGUCUGCCUAUCCAUGUGAGAGACACAGACUUGGUCUCAACCUUUAACCUCUCUAGGGUACGUGGCAAAUUAGUGUCCCACCUCGUCAACAGCCAGUGAAACUGCAGGGCGCCAAAUUCAAAACAACAGAAAUCCCAUAAUGUCCAAAUACCAACUUUUUGUUAGCGCCUUUAAUACACAAUCCAAACUCAUGACGCGCGGUCACUAGCAGCAGAUGAAAAGUCAAAAAAUUCUGUUACAGUCAGUAUAAACAUGUACAAAAUGAUGUAUAGAAUCAAUCUUUAGGAUAUUUUUAACAUAAAUCUUCAAUAAUGUUCCAACCGGAGAAUUCCUUUGUCUGUAGAAUUGCAAUGGAACAGAGCUAACUAUUAGGUGAACGCGCGAGACUGAGCUCGUGGCUCUCUGGCAGACCUCUGACUCAUUCCCCUCUCAUUCCCCCCACUUCACAAUAUAAGAAUCAAACAAGGUUCUAAAGAAUGUUGACAUCUAGUGGAAGCCUUAGGAAGUGCAAUAUGACCCCAUAGACACUGUGUAUUCGAUAGGCCAAGAGUUGAAAAACUACAAACCUCAGAUUUCCCACUUCCUGGUUCGAUUUUUUUCUCAGGUUUUUGGCUGUCAUAUGAGUUCUGUUAUACUCACAGACAUCAUUCAAACAGUUUUAGAAACUUCCGAGUGUUUUCUAUCCAAUACUACUAAUAAUAUGCAUAUAUUAGCAUCUGGGACUGAGUAGGAGGCAGCUUACUCUGGGCACGCUUUUCAUCCAAAAGUGAAAAUGCUGCCCCCUACCUUAGAGAAGAUGAGUCUUUAUUGAAGACUCAUCUCUUCAGUAGGUCCAAUGAUUGAGUGUAGUCUGGCCCAGGAGUGUGAAGGUGAACGGAAAGGCACUGGAGCAAAAAACCGCCCUUGCUGUCUCUGCCUGGACGAUUCCCCUCUCUCCUCUGGGAUUCUCUGCCUCAAACCUUAUUACAGGGGCUGGGACAUUGGCUUACUUGUGCUCUUCCAUGCCAUCCCUAGGAGAGGUACGUCACUUGAGUGGGUUGAGUCACUGACGUGAUCUUCCUGUCAGGGUUGGUGCAGGGUUGUGCCAUGGGGGAGAUCAUCGUGGGCUAUACUCGGCCUUGUCUCAGGAUGGUAAGUUGGUGGUUGGAGAUAUCCCUCUAGUUGGUGUGGGGGCUGUGCUUUGGCAAAGUGGGUGGGGUUAUAUCCUGCCUGUUUGGCCCUGUCCGGGGGUAUAGUCGGAUGAGGCCACAGUGUCUCCGGACCCCUCCUGUCUCAGCCUCCAGUAUUUAUGCUGCAAUAGUUUAUGUGUCGGGGGGCUAGGGUCAGUCUGUUAUAUCUGGAGUAUUUCACCUGUCUUAUCCGGUGUCCUAUGUGAAUUUAAGUGUGCUCUCUAAUUCUCUCUCUUUUUCUCUUUCUUUCUUUCUUUCUUUCUCUUUCUUUCUUUCAUUCUCUCUCUCGGAGGACCUGAGCCCUAGGAACAUGCCUCAGGAUUACCUGGCCUGAUGUCUCCUUGCUGUCACCAGUCCACCUGGUGUGCUACGGCUCCAGUUUCAACUGUUCUGCCUGCGGCUAUGGAACCCUGACCUGUUCACUGGACGUACUACCUGUCCCAGACCUGCUGUUUUCAACUCUCUAGAGACAGCAGGAGUGGUAAAGAUACUCUGAAUGAUCGGCUAUGAAAAGCCAACUGACAUUUACUCCUGAGGUGCUGACCUGUUGCACCUUCUACAACCACUAUGAUUGUUAUUAUUUGACCCUGCUGGUCAUCUAUGAACAUUUGAACAUCUUGGCCAUGUUCUGUUAUAAUCUCCACCCAGCACAGCCAGAAGAGAACUGGCCAUAGCAUGGUUCCUCUCUAGGGUUCUUCCUAGGUUCUGGCCUUUCUAGGGAGUUUUUCCUAGCGACUGUGCUUCUACACCUGCAUUGCUUGCUGUUUGGGGUUUUAGGCUGGGUUUCUGUACAGCACUUUGUGACAUCAGCUGAUGUAAGAAGGGCUUUAUAAAUACAUUUUAUUGUUUUGAUUGAAAUGGAAAUUGAUGUAUGUUUAUCUUGUAUAGUAUGGCUCUUAUGUUUAUAUGUUUACUAUAUAUCUGUAUCUUAUCUGACUUGCCACAACAAGGGGUUCUUUCUGGAAAAAUAAAGUGAUUAUAUUCUAUAACAGAACCAUUGCAAAGCACCAAAUAUCAGCUCAUGAUCUGUUUCCAGAUUUCAGAAAGUAUUCACACCCUUGUACUUUUUCCAAGUGUUGUUGUUACAGCCUGAAGUUAAAAUUGAUUAAAUUGAGUUUGUAUGUCACUGGUCUACACACAAUACCCCAUACUGUCAAAGUGGAGUUAUGUUUUUAGAAAUGUUUACCCAUUUUCAAAAAUGAAAAGCUGAAAUUUCUUGAGUCAAUAAGUUUGCAAUCCUUUUGUUAUUGCAAGCCUAAAUAAGUUCAGGAGUAAGAAUGUGUUUAUCAAGUCAAAUAAUAUGUUGCAUGGACUU